AUGGCGAUCAAGGUUCCCACCGGCCAGUCGCCGCCCUUUGAGACGGUAGACGAUAAACACCAUGCCGGUAUCAUCAUCAUCACCGCCGCCAUCUGUCUGAUGAUCUCGCUAGUCUGUCUACUGAUACGGGUGUACGUGCGCAAAUUUCUCAGCCCACCAUGGGGAUCAGACGAUAUCGUCUUGUUGGGAGCGACGAUCACCGCCGUCGCCGAGUCGAUUAUCAUCUUUCACGCUGCGAGCAUCGGCUUUGGGACUGACAUCUCGCUACUCACCCAGAAUGCGGUUGAUAACAUACAAAAUUCCCUCUUCGCCGCCGACAUCCUCUAUCUACUAACCCUGUACCUCUCGAAAUGCUGCGUGAUCGCCAUCUACUUGCGCUUGACGCCUAGCACGCGCCACAAGAGCAUCCUCUGGGUGACCUUCGGGUUUAGCACAGUAGGGGUUAUCGUGUCGAUGCUGCUUAUUGCAGUGAACUGCGAGGCGAAUAAGCCAUGGGUCGUACCUGGGGAGCAGUGUCAUAACCUGUUUCCUCGCUGGCAAGCAAUCGCCGCGCUCGACAUCUCGACCGAACUCUUGCUCUUCACAUUCUCGAUUGGCCUGGUCUGGGAUCUGCAGAUGCCCAUCCCACAUAAAGCCGUGAUCAUGGCAUCUUUCGCAGCCAGACUACCGUUAAUAAUACUUUCAGCUGUCCACCUCUCCAGACUCAAAGAAUACACAACCAUCAAAAACCCGACCUUCACCGCAAUCAACCACUCAAUCUUCACCCAGCUCCACCUCAACUACGCCCUGGUAGCAUGCACGGUCUUCUGCCUACGUCCGUUCAUGAAUGCCCUCACAACUUACUACGGCACAGCCGGCGACUCCUACCUCGGUAGCAGCAGUGGCGGCUAUGCGUACGGGUCCGGGAGACAGGGGGAUACAGACCCCUUUGCGUCAGGGCGAUCGCGUGAUUACGAGCUGGGGAAUUUGAAGGGACGAUCCGGGCACCGGGCUAGUGGUUUGUUCAAGGAGAGACCGGAUGUGGGUGAUGGGAUGGAGAAUGGGACGGUUGUUUGUGAGGCUGCGGGGCCGGUGCAGUUGGGGGAGGGGAGGUCUGGAGGGGAUAUGGGCAGUACCCGUAGUGGGAGUGAUGGGAGUACGAGGAUGAUUAUUCGGAAGGAGAUGGAGUAUUCGGUUUCUGUGGGACAUUCGUAG